CAUCUACCAUGUCAGGCCUCAGAGUAGAAGCUCCUCACAUCUGCAUCCCACCCUUCCCGAUAAGCCCACCAGACGUCAAGGCUCCAGCUUUCUCCGCAUAUCGAGUGAAGGGCAUCAGGACAAGGACCCUUCGCAGGGGAGACUGCACCACCCAGAUCUGUUCAGACUACAACGAGCAGUUUCUGAUCCAGAUUGAGGGACACGCGCCAAAGGAAUCAGUCAACCAGCCUAUCCCAAGCUCUAAAGCAUGGGACAUCGGCGAUCUUGGAGGGACCUGGGCGGAGCCUCCUGCCGUCGGUGAAGUGGAGUAUCCUCAACUGGUGCCUCCAUUCAGGCGACUGGUUUGGGCGACCGAAGAAUUUCAGCGCUCGAGGCGGGAAGCACUCUCUUUCGGGCGAACCAAAAGGCUAUUCGAGCAGCUUCGGAUCACUCUAGGACUGAAGACUUCCUUCCCUGGGCUGCAUCGAUCUGGUCACGGUGAGGGGGCUCUGCCAUAUACCUAUCCUGCGUCUGUGCGUAAGACUCAGUCAAAUCACGAUGAGACUGGGCAAAUGGAGUCUUGCGUACUCCUUGCCAAGACUGAAUCCAGCGUUCGUGGUCUUUUGGCCCUCGCUCGACGAAUUGUAGAGGCCGAAUGGGACUUAGCCCCAGCUAUCGAGCUAGCACGCAUGACCGCUGCCUUUCUCGCAUUCUUGCUUCACUUCAAAGUCCUCGAAGAGACCGACUACUCCGCCCCCAUCUCGAGGGCACUCAUGAUAGCUCAGGCAGCGCCUGAGGAGUUGAAAGCGUCUAAACGACUGGAGGACAUCGUUGGCGAUCCACUCGGUUGGAACCUGCUCUGCUGGAUGGCAUGGGGAGAUCAUUAUGCCUCUAGUGAAAGAGCAAGAGGGGAGUCGGCCAAAGGUCGAGAGCGCGAGAUACAAAGCUCUGAUGGGGGCUGGGGCCUUUCAGAACUGUCACCUCAAGAUCAAUUCACAGUCCAGCCGGACCAAGCACGACACCUCCUGGAAACCCGAUUUACGAAGCUCAUUUUUCACGAAGUCAAGGUGCUUUCCUACAUCCCUUUCUCUAGGCGAAAGGUCAAGGCUAUCGUGGCUCCAAGCUCACCCGGAGAGUCGGACAAUUUCAGGGACACUCACUGGAGAGUCACGACAGUAGCUGCGCCCUGGACCGAUGACGAGUCCUGGAGUCACCAAACCGCGCACGUGUCCGAAGUCAACCAGGCUCAGCUCCCAAACCAAAUUGAUUUUGAGGCGGAGAAGCAGAGGGGCGAGGAGCCCACAGAGAUAGAUAUCUGGAUCGAUGGAACCGACUUUGAAUAUGAUUGGACUUCCGUGAUCGGAAGCGGACUUCGCGGUCGAUGGGCACUCAUCGGAGAUAGCGAGCAGAGUGCAUGGUGGGUCUUCAAGGCCAGAGAUUAUAUUCUUCCUCGCUUCUGGCAGCCCAUCAACGCAGGUCCGCGAAAAAUGUGACCCCUGCAAUGGUCAUGUGAAGGUUUCGUCGGCGGAAACGAGGAUGCAUGUAGCAUAAAAUAACGAGAUACACGAGACUUGGACAUCUUGUCCAUCUCAUGACAUUUGUCGUUCGGGAUCCCAUCAAUCAGGUUUUUCUGUUGAAAUUGCUCUAUAAUUAGAGCCUUCUACAGGCAUUGCGGGUGUUCAGAUGCCAGUCAUCAGCUGUAAGUGGUCAUUGAUAUACAUUGAUAUUUUCAC